AUGUCCGAUUAUCUUGCUCAAUCGUUAAUUCAACUGCCACUGCUGGUACUGCAACAGGAACAACAGUCUUUGUUAUCUUCAAUUACAGGACAAAUUGAUACUGCAAGAAAUGAAGCCAAAGUAUUAUACACUGAAAUUCUUAGUGUGAAAAGAAGGACCCAAGAUGCCACAAUUCAAGCCAUUUCCCAAAAUGUCAGUCAAAUACCAAAAAACUCAUGCAAUCUAACACUAUACAACACCUUGCGAGGACAUCAAAACAAAAUUGCCAAACUCUGCUGGAGUAGUGAUUCCUCGAAGAUAUUAUCAGCCUCUCAAGAUGGAUUUAUGAUAAUAUGGGAUGCAGUUACUGGUUUCAAAAAACAUGCUAUUCAAUUGAGCAAUCCUUGGGUGUUGACUUGUAGCUAUUCGCCUAAUGAAAAACUAGUUGCAUCGGCAGGGUUGGAUAAUAACUGCACAAUAUAUAAAAUCAAACCGGACACUUCAAAUUUUCCUGUCACUGAAGAAAGAAAUGGAACCUAUCAAAUGCAAGGCAACUUUUAUCAAUCUAUACAAUCAAUUUUCAAAGGUCAUACGGCAUACAUUUCGGAAUGUGAAUUUAUUGGCAGUAAUUCCAUUGUAACCGCCAGUGGUGAUAUGACAUGUGCCUUAUGGGACUUGACAAAAGGUACCAAGUCUCGAGAUUUCGUGGAGCAUUCAGGAGAUGUUUUGUGUUUGAGUACAUUCCCGCAAAAUAUCCUUAGUGCCAAUUUAUUUGUAUCUGGAAGUUCUGAUGGUAGUGCUAAAAUCUGGGAUUUGAGAUCUCCAACCCCAACACAAUCAUUUGGAAUAUCUAAUAGUGAUGUCAAUAGUGUUAAGGUGUUUCCAGAUGGUAAUGCGUUUGCAACAGGUUCUGACGAUGGACUGAUCCGGUUAUUCGAUUUAAGGUCUGAUUGUGAAUUGGGUCAUUACUCUUUGAGUCUGGAAUUAAGAAACAAACAGAAUUUGUUACACUUGACGAUACCUUCACCAGCUGAUGAAAGAUACAUGAAAAGGUUUGGAAAUACAACAGCUCAGACAUAUGACGAGCAACUGACUUCAUUGCUACAUAGUAAUGGAAGUAGUAGUGGCAACAUUGAUCAGUAUAGUGUCAACAGCUUGCAAUCAGUUAUUGAAAAUCAAGGUGUGUUUUCUUUGGAUUUCGGUAAAAGCGGUCGGUUUCUCUACUCGUGCUAUUCUGAAUAUGGCUGUGUUGUUUGGGAUACAUUAAAAAGCGAGAUUGUUGGUAUCAUUGGAAGUGAACAUUUGAAUAAGAUCAAUCAAGUAUCAGUAAGUCCCGAUGGUGUAGCUUUGGCAACUGGUUCAUGGGAUGCUACAAUCAAAGUUUGGUCCGUCUAA